AAGCAUGAAGUUACUACUAAUUAUUGCUUUCUUUGUAGUUAACGUUACGGCAUCUGGUUACGCUACGAAAAAUCAGUAUAAUUCAGGAUACGCCGUGCAACCAGCUUACCCGCAACAAUCGGUAAAUAUUUUGGCAGCUCUCAGAAAAAAUGGCUUCACAACGUUCGUAGAUCUUAUCGUGAAGGCUGGUUUACAGGAAACUUUUUCUGACGACAGAAUUUUCAUUGUAUUGGCGCCGAAGAAUGAAGCCUUCGCAGCCAUCGACCCUACAGUUUUAGCAGCCGUUCUGAAACAUAUUUCCCUGUUGAGAGACGUUCUUCUUUACCAUCUGGUGCUUUUCAGGCAAACUUGUAACGUCCUGUCUGCCAUCUUUGUUGAACAAACUCUAAACACUGCGCAAGGUGAAGUUAUGCGUUUCAACGUAUACCGGAAAAAAGGGCCUUCGUUUGCUACCGAAGAUAUUGCAACAGCUAACGGAGUACCGCUUUUAAGAGGUAUACCGAUAGGUAAAAACAUUAUCUACCCCAUUAAAAAAGUCCUCAAUCCGCAAGACUUAUCGCUCAACAACACCGUCAUCAAUUUUUUGAAAAGCAAUGAAGACUUCUCCAUCUUUCUAAGCAUAUUCGAAAAACUUCGCUUCGCCCAAAAUAGUUUCAGAACUCGUCCGAAAACGACGUUUGUUCCGACCAACGCCGCAUUCAAAGCACUUCCACCUGGUGUUCUCGAUUCCUUUUUUGCCGACCUAGACAAAUUGGUUGUGCUUUUAAACAUGCACAUCGCUUCUGGAACGUUCUACACAUCCGGACUCGUUGACGGCCCCCUCGUCGUAUUAUCAGGCGUCCCGGUGGAUAUUAGCAAUACUCCCUAUGGUAUUACCGUGAGCAAUGCCCAAAUCGUUGAGCCGGACAUAACGGUAUUUGAAGGAGUGGUACACGUUAUCGAUUCAGUUAUUCAAGUCGUGGAAACUUGCUUUAACCGGCUGUAUUAA